AUGGCGCAGAAGCGGCCUUUCAACGAGGGCAAGAGACACUUCAAGAAGAGCAAGAAGCCCAAAAAUGCAAAUGCCAACGAAGGCUCGAACGAAGAGGUGCUUCUGGCAGAUGUCAGAAGUCUCUUGAAAGAUCUCAAAGUCAACGAUGUGGAGGAGGAUGCGGAUGCGGAUGCGGAUGCGGCCAUUGCCAGGCAGCUUCCAGAGCUCAAGGCCGAGGUAGAUGUCACGAUAUCGGAGCUGUCCUCUACAGGAGACGGGCUUGCGGAGAGAGAUGGCCAAGUAUACGUUGUCCCGUUCUCUGCUCCCGGCGAUACUGUUACCGCACGCAUCUACAGACACGUGGAAGAUGAACACUACUCUCUCGCCGACUUCGUCAAGGUUGUGAAGCCCGGAGAACAUCGCACGGAGGAGGCGAGGUGCCCCUACUUCACUCAGUGCUCGGGCUGUCAGUUUCAGCAGCUUCCCUACUCAUACCAGCUUGCGCACAAACGGACGAUAGUGGAGAAGGCAUACCGCAAUUUCUCGAACCUCCCUGCCUCUGUUGUGCCCAAAGUCGGCGAUACGAUCGGCUCGCCCCUACAAUAUGGAUACCGUACGAAGCUCACGCCGCAUUUCGAUGGACCGCCGGGAGGCAGGAGAGACAAGAGACAUGGCAAGCCGGUCACUUGGCCCGAGGUGCCGCCUAUCGGAUACAUGCUGAAGGGGACGAGGAAGACGAUGGACAUCGAGGACUGCCCUAUUGGCACUGAAGCUGUGAGAUUAGGCAUGAGGCGAGAGCGGAAACGAGUUGCGGACAACAUCAAUCAAUAUCAGAAAGGCGCCACGCUCCUCUUGCGAGAACACACCGAGCGUCUGCCUAAGAAGGCUGGGAUGGUUGAAGAGAACAACGAGUCCGAGAAGGAGGACCAAGUCAUCGAGGACCAAGGCAGUCAUGUGCAUCGGAAGAUCUGCAUCACCGACCACAAAUCCACGUCGACAGAAUACAUAGACGAAUAUCGGCUCGACAACCCAGCUGGCGCUUUCUUCCAGAACAACAACUCCAUUCUGCCGGUGGUGACACAGUACAUUCGGGAGCACAUUCUGGACAAGUCGGGAGACAAGCCUCAAAUCAAAAACAUGAUAGAUGCUUACUGUGGCUCUGGCUUCUUCACCAUUACGCUCUCCAAGAUGUUCAACAACAGCAUAGGCAUUGAUAUAUCUGGUCAAUCCAUCGACUUCGCCAGCAAGAACGCCAAGCUCAACGAUCUGCCUGCCGAUUCUACCAACUUCAUUGCUGCAGACGCGAACCAACUAUUUGCUUCUGUGGACAAGAACAGAUACCCUCCAACGGAGACCGUUAUGGUCAUUGAUCCUCCCAGAAAGGGUUGCGACGAAGGAUUCAUCAAGCAGUUACUUGAUUAUGGUCCCGAGCGGAUUUGCUACGUCAGUUGCAACGUGCAUACGCAGGCGAGAGAUGUCGGCUGGAUUGUCGGCGGAUUACCCGGAGCAGAGGAAGGGUCGAGAGGAGCUGGGGGAAUCUAUGAGAUUGAGAGCGUGAGGGGUUUCGAUUUCUUUCCGCAGACAAGUCAUGUGGAGGGCGUGGCUAUCUUGAGGCGUAAAGAGAGUUCGACGAAUGGAUCAGUGGAGGCAAACAGCGAGAAGGUAGUAGAGCGAGGCCAAGAAGAGAAUUAG